CAGCGAUCUUUGUAAAAUAAAAGUUUGUGGUGUUGUGCCGAGUUGAUUGCUGAGAAGUUCGGACACCCUCUUCCUCCCCCAUACACCCACCCGGCAGGUGCAGGCCAACUCCCAUGGGUGCCUAAGCAGCCGAGAAGUUUACGCUGAAGUGACUCUCCAGUUUUCGACAACUCUUGCACACUUUGUACCUCUCUCGGACCAUGUUGGUGUUUCUGCUCUUCUGUUUUUGCGGAGACAACUUUGUCCAUUCACAGGAGGACUCGGAGUUUAUCCCAGUUUCAGCAGAAGAAAACAUCUCACUGCCUUGUGACCAAUCAAAGCUCAUUCCCUUGAAGGUGAAGGUAUUCAUGGGGGAAGAUAAAAAUUAUUCGUGGGUCACACUGGAGCUGAAUUCAACAUUUUUGGAGAUAAACACUACAAAGCCAUCCCUGAGCCUGCCAGCAUACCUGUCCAGCAACGGCUCCCACACCUAUUCCUGUUAUGCCUCUAACAGUUCGCAUCUGAAAAGAGACACAGAGUUCAGUGAUGUGUCCACUCACCAAGGGAAUACUAAGUAUAUAUACUGCGACCCCUCCGAUGAAUGGACUACCCUUCAGUGGUCUCAACAAGAUCAUCUCAUAGCGAAGGUGACCCGAGGGGAGACGAGGAUUAAUAUCCGAGUGGUGGUGACGGGGCCAUUGUCCAUCUCUAUCAUCUACACUAUCCCACCAGAUGGUAACCAGCAAGAAACAGUGGAGAAGAUCGCACGGCUGUCAUGCAAAUCUGCAACAGGCUUCCAGAAAUUCAUUGAUGAGAAGUACUGGAUCAUCGCGGUAUCUGUGCUGUGUUACGUCCUAUUUUGUGUAACAGCGACGUGCGGCUACAUGACCAUCAGACGCAGAAGGAAAGCAGAAAAACGGAGGAAAGCCCAGGCACGGUUUUUCAAAGUGAGCACAACCAGGAACCUGUACAUGGAAUCCAUCAAUCAGGAGCCAGCGAACAGGAAGCAGGAUGAACCGUAUCAGAACUUCUCCCCGACCAAGGACGUCAGUGGGGACCAUUUCUCAAACAAAAGCUCAUUUUUGGACGUGUCUGAAGGGGGAGAUUCUUACCUGGAACCAAUAUCUCCGGAAGAAGCCGAUCAAAUAUCUGAUGAUGUAGACUGCUAUGAGAAUGCCAAUGAAGAACUAAAAGAAGGAUCAAUAGAUUCACAGUCCUACGAAGACAUGAAUGGGCCAAAUAAUGGACAGUCUCUGAUUCCAGAGAAGACCCGUGAAGAAGAUGCUGAUUCUUAUGAGAACAUGCAGGCCCCGCCCCCCAUAUACUCCCAGCUGAACCGUUCCGUCAACUCUCUGGCCCAUUCCGUUGAAGAUGGGGUUGAACAGACAGGACCAAAUAUGGCGGACGUCUCACCAGAGCAACAGUGGCCCACCAGCACCGAGCUGAAGCACCUAAAUGGAGACUUUUACCUGUCCUACCAAGCCAACAACUUCUGAGCGUCCUCAUGGCAGGGAUGGACUGUAAACUGUGCAGUGAAAAUUAAAGAAAACUGAGAUGUUACAAUGGUCAUUAGAAUGAAGGAUAACUGACAUUUUUAGUAUGAAGAACGGAGGGAUGGACCACCAAUAGUGAGAUAUUGUGGAUAUCAUGUGACCUCCUUUAUGUUUGACUAUGGAGGCUUAUGGAAUUUUGAUUGUAACUGAAAACAAGAGGAAAACCACCCAACUGUCCUUUAAUGAACGAGGACUGUUGGCGACAUGAAAAGAAGAACUGUCAUUGGACAGUUAGGUUUUCAACUGACCAAAACAAACCCAUCGUUUCACUUUUUUCCAAAGAGGAAACAACCAUUUCCGAUAAACUUUUGUAAAUGAAAAAAGAAGGACCAGCUCUUCAAAACAUACGGAUUCUUCAUUUUCAUGUCCUCUUGGCCGAAAAUUACCACAUGGUUACUGCUAGAAUGGCCCAAAAACGCCUAUUUUGUCCUUCGUUAUAUUUCUCUACUAGAGACAAUUGAGUCUGAUAGACAGUUGAUGGCACAGUCUGAGAAAUUGACAGGGACAUGGAACUUAUGUGCACAAUUGUCACAAAUUGUCUAUUAUGUUGCAGGAAACUUGGUUUUUAAUAAUUUAUAUGGAGCGUUUCUUCCUGGGGACUCUUGGGAAUUUAUCUACUGUUGGCGAGCCAGCCAGAAUAUCACACCAGGGCCAUUUUUAGACAGAAAACCAUUUUGAAGUGUGGGGAGAAAGCGAAGUGCCUGGAGGAAACGCAAACAACAUGCAAACUCCAUGCAUUGUCCUGGCCAGGAUUCAGACUGAGUACCCCAUUACUACAAGACGGAAAUGCUAACCAAUAACCCAAUAUGAUGCCCUUACAGUUGAUAUGGAGUGCUGCACCAUUGACUACCCGUGCUUAUUCAAAGUGCCAAAUUGUACGCAGUCUUUUCAGUUAUUUGUCGCAUAAAUUGCAACAUUUCUGUGAAAUGUCGCAAAUAUGCGUUUUCCUAUUUCCUACGUCACAUUCAACGUGAACAUUCAUUGAGACUCAUCGUUUAUUUGUCGCAUUGGUAAAAAUGUUGCAAUCUGCGCUAUUUUAAUGUUGCACCGCUUUGACUUGUUGCCGACCUAUUGGCUUGUUCCAUUGGCAUCGGUUUGUCUUGAAGUGUUUUGAUCCUUGUCAUUUUUAAAAUGUAUUUUGGAAAAAAAAAUCACAAUAUCACUUUUAUAAUUGAUAAUAAAUGUACAAUUUCACUUGA